CUGCGGCUCCCAGGCGGGUAGCGCCGCUCUCGGUCGCGCGUACUCAUCGUGUGGAACCGCGGGUCUAGGGCGCUUGCCGCCGGAUACACCUCAGCCCAGCGCCGCCGAAGCCGUCGGCCCCCCAGCCUCUGCCAUGGACUUCGAGGACGAUUACACACAUUCUGCUUGCAGGAAUACUUACCAGGGCUUUAAUGGAAUAGAUCGUGAUUAUGGUCCUGGAUCUUAUGGAGGGAUGGAUCGUGACUAUGGCCAUGGAUCCUAUGGGGGUCAAAGAUCCAUGGAUUCCUACCUAAACCAGUCAUAUGGCAUGGACAAUCACAGUGGUGGUGGUGGGGGUAGCAGGUUUGGACCUUAUGAGUCUUACGACUCCAGGUCUUCUCUGGGUGGGCGAGAUCUGUACAGAUCUGGCUAUGGUUUUAAUGAACCCGAACAAAGCCGCUUCGGAGGUAGUUAUGGUGGUCGAUUUGAGAGCUCCUACCGGAAUAGCCUUGACUCUUUCGGAGGUAGAAACCAGGGCGGGUCUAGCUGGGAAGCACCUUACUCCCGUUCAAAAUUGAGGCCUGGGUUUAUGGAGGACAGAGGAAGAGAGAAUUACUCUUCCUACAGCAGUUUUUCUUCACCCCAUAUGAAGCCUGCACCUGUAGGCUCUCGGGGGAGAGGAACGCCUGCUUAUCCUGAAAGUACGUUUGGAAGCAGAAACUAUGAUGCUUUUGGAGGACCAUCAACAGGCAGAGGCCGAGGCCGAGGACAUAUGGGUGAUUUUGGAAGCAUUCAUAGACCCGGAAUUGUUGUUGACUAUCAAAACAAACCUACCAAUGUGACAGUUGCUGCUGCAAGAGGAAUAAAGAGAAAAAUGAUGCAGCCAUUUAACAAACCUGGUGGAACCUUUAUCAAGAAACCCAAGCUAGCAAAACCUAUGGAGAAGAUGAGCCUCAGCAAAUCACCUACAAAAACCGAUCCUAAAAAUGAAGAAGAAGAAAAGCGACGAAUUGAGGCUCGGCGAGAGAAACAAAGACGCAGAAGAGAAAAAAACAGUGAGAAAUAUGGAGAUGGAUACAGAAUGGCAUUUACGUGUUCAUUUUGUAAAUUUCGAACGUUUGAAGAAAAAGAUAUUGAACUGCAUCUGGAAAGUUCUUCACACCAAGAGACAUUAGAUCAUAUUCAGAAACAAACCAAAUUUGAUAAAGUAGUUAUGGAGUUUUUGCAUGAAUGUAUGGUGAACAAAUUCAAGAAAACAUCUAUUCGUAAGCAACAGACAAAUAAUCAAACCGAAGCAGUCAAAAUAAUUGAAAAAGAUGUUAUGGAAGGUGUUACUGCAGAUGAUCACAUGAUGAAAGUAGAGACUGUUCACUGCAGUGCUUGCAGUGUGUAUAUCCCUGCUUUACACAGUUCAGUUCAGCAGCACUUAAAAUCGCCUGAUCACAUCAAAGGGAAACAGGCUUAUAAGGAACAAAUAAAACGAGAGAGUGUCUUGACUGCUACAAGCAUUUUAAAUAAUCCAAUAGUGAAGGCACGAUAUGAACGUUUUGUUAAGGGUGAGAAUCCUUUUGAAAUUCAAGAUCAUUCUCAGGAUCAGCAAAUAGAAGGAGAUGAAGAGGAUGAAGAAAAGAUUGAUGAGCCUAUUGAAGAAGAGGAUGACGAAGAGGAGGAGGAAGAAGUAGAGGGAGUAGGAGAGGCAGAGGAAGUGGAAGAAGUGGAGGAAGCGGAGGAUGUGGGAGAAACUGGAGGAGUAGAGGAUGCGAGGGACACAGAGGGAGGUGGGGAAGUAGGGGCAGUGGGGGAAGUAGAGGGAGUAGGGGGAGUAGAGGAAGAAGAAGCAAAGGAAGAGUCUGUUGACAUCCCUCCUGAACAACCUGAAGAAAAUUAGAUAUAAGGUAUUAGAUUUAAAAGGAGCUUUAAAUUUCUGUCCUAAUGUGGAAAAGGGUAAGAAUUUUAUUAGGUCAUUUAAUAUGAAAUGUCCAGUUUCGAAUCAAAAGUGUAGUUUAUUGUAUCUCAAACAAGAAACAGUACAAUUAGUCAAAA